AUGGAGAGGAAGCAGCCUCUGGAUUUUUCUUCCUACUUUUAUUUUGAAGCCUCUGGUGACUCUGAACAAGAUGAUUGUGACCCUCCCAUCAUGGGUGGCUACACUUGUGACAUAUCCAUGGCAGUUGCUGGCUAUCAUGAUGAUAACGAUGAUGCUCUAUCAUGCAACUACGAUGGAUCCGCUGCUGAAUUGGAUGAGGAUGAGGAUGAGGAUGAGGAUGAGGGUGACUCAUAUUGUGAUGAAGAACAUGAAGAUGAUGAGAAGAAAAGCGAAGUUUAUGGAAUGUCGUAUUGUGAUGAUGAUGAUGAGAUGCAAGAAGAACAGAUGAAGUCCCACGUGUCUUUUGAUUCCAGGCAGGAGUUUGUGGAUGAGAUGGAAAAGAACAAGCUGUUUUGGGAAGCUUGUUUGGCAUCUUAA